AUGACAACUUCGGUGUCAAAAAUACCACCUCGUACUAAUCUCGUGUGUGUAGAGUGUGGGGCUUCUGUGUCCGAGCUAGUUCAUGACUAUGGGAAAGGAAACUUACGUCUUGCUAUAUGCAACGCAUGUAAUGCAGUUGCUGAUAAAUAUGUCGAGUAUGAGACGAUCCUGCUCUUUCUCGAAGUUCUACUACUCAAGCCUCAAGUCUAUCGCCAUGUUCUGUAUAAUUUGCCAGUCCCUGUCUCUUCCAGGACAACGCUCAAGCUAUUUGUGAUCGUAGUAAUGCUGGAUAUGAAUGUCAAGGCCUAUUUAGUAGACCGGGAUGCCGGAGUGACCUUCCGUUCCGAGUCCAUGUACAGAGCUCCCGAUGCCCUUCACGCUGCGACUUCUGGACUGAGAAUUGGACAGUUCUCAUUGCAUUUAGUGUGUCUUGCACUAGUGGAGAAUGUCGUCUAUCUUAUGAGUGUAUUUGCUACUAUUUGGCUUGACCCAUUUCGUCGUGGAUGGAGAGAAAAAUUACUGUCAAAAAGAGACAAGAAAAAUGUCAAAAAUGGCAUUGACGCACCGUGGACAAAAUAUGGCAGUGCCAUGUGCAUUGCAAGCUUUGGUAAGCUAUUUGCACUGCUAACGGUGAUUUGGGAGUUCCAUUGGAGCUUUAUUCACGUUAUCGGAGCUCUUGUAGUAGUGUCAAAUGUGCUGGCACUGCAAUUGCUGUUGGGAGAAGGAGACCCAGCACGAGUCAAAUCGCCGCAUGUCAUAGCAGUUGUAGUAGUUGGAUUGUUUGCUAGAGGUAUUGCACAACUCGUACUCUAUGCAUUGGGCAAUUCGGUGCUCUUUCACGUGCUCGUUUAG